CCAAGAUGGCGUCGGUUUGCACACUCAACACUGGCUUAAUCCAUCUGUGAUUACCCGCAGAGCUGCUCUCAGCGCCCGUGGCUCGUUUCUAUCUAUUCGAUUCGACACACGUAUACAUCUGGAUUAUAUUGUAACGCCAUGUCGGACUCGGAGGAGGACAGCCAGGACAGGCAGCUGAAGAUCGUGGUGAUUGGAGACGGAGCGUGUGGGAAGACAUCACUCGCCACCAGGUUUGCACAGGAGUCUUUUGGGAAGCAGUACAAACAAACUAUUGGGCUGGAUUUCUUUCUGAAGAGAAUAAGCCUUCCAGGUAAUCUGAAUGUGACUCUGCAGGUGUGGGACAUUGGAGGCCAAACAUUAGGGGGUAAAAUGCUGGAUAAAUACGUUUAUGGAGCUCAUGGCGUUCUACUAGUGUAUGAUAUCACAAACUACCAGAGCUUUGAGAAUUUGGAGGAUUGGUUCGGCAUGGUCAAGAAAGCUAAUGAGGAAUCUGAUACUCAGCCUGUUGUCUUCUUGGUAGGCAACAAAAUUGACCUGGAGCACAUGAGGACAGUGAAGGCUGAUAAACACCAGCGCUUCUGCCAGGAGAACGGCCUCAUCACUCAGUUUGUAUCGGCCAAAACGGGGGACUCGGUAUACCUUUGUUUCCAGAAAGUGGCUGCUGAGAUUCUUGGUAUAAAGCUUAACAAAGCAGAAAUAGAGCAGUCCCAGAGGAUUGUGAAGGCUGAGCUGGUGGACUACCCUCAGGAUGGAGGGCCGAUUAGACAGGACAACAAUCAGCAGAGCAAAAUAUGCUUGGUUCAAUAGCUGGAACGAGUGGUGAAGGCAGACAUUGUGAACUACAGUCAAGAAAUCGUGGCCAGGACAGUCAACCCCCCCCGCAGCUCUAUGUGUGUGGUGCAAUGAUCCCCUCUACACACACACACACACACACACACACACACACACACACACACACACACACACACACACAAAACUGUCAUCAGUCAGUAUUAGUUUGUCCGGAUUUUGGGAGCGUGGACUCUUCACGUCAGAUCUCUGGGUGAGACGAAGAGCAGACUGUGUGGCAUCAAGGUCUGUAGUUCAGACGUUUGUCAGUGAAUCACCAAAAAACUAAUGGGACCACCAUUUUCCAACUUUCUGUGCAGCUAUUGUUUUAUUUCUAUGGCCCUCUUAAAACAAUCUGAAUUAUGCAUUCAUACGAAGCUCGUUGUCUUUAAGGAGGAAGAGAGCCACUUUAUUCAGUCACUCUGGUAUUGGACUCAUUUUGAUUUAGAAGCCAGUUUAGGAGUCAGUUUAUUUCUACAGAGGAUUAGCAUUAAGGCCUAUUGAAUGCAUGUUUGUGGCGCUGGCAUAGAGGUGAAACCAAAAGCGCUCUCAUCUCAUGUCUGUGGUGCUCAUCAGUUCAACACGAGGGAAACAGGUGUUUAUAGUGCUGUAGCUGACUGAAAUGAAUCUCUGCUUUCUAUUUGCCAAAUAGGGCCUUGCACUAGCAUUGACGUGAUGUGAACUGUGUACUGUUUUUUUAUUCCUUAGAAAUAUUUCAACUUUCAGUCUUAAAUUAAGAUUUACCUUUUCUAUGCUUCAUUCUUCAGAUUAAAUGCAAAAAGUACUUACAUCUUUAAAGUUAUGUCUGUUUUCCAGAUGUUUCCUGAAGAAUCAACGAUGCAUUUUUAAUUCCUUCGUUUUACCUAGGUUCACUUUCAAGGGUUCAUCCUGUUAGAGGACAAUUCUGACGUUUUUGUUGAUGAAAUGUGGUUGAUGUUUGAUGGAUAUGGCUCUAAGUUGGGCUGAACUUAACAUUUGAUAAGUUUUCUCUCUGCAGCCUUAUUUAACCGGCGUUAAAGAACGACUGUGAUGUAUACCAUCUUCAUUUAGGCCAUAUUAAAACUGUUCUUUAGCUUACGUGUUUUUAUCACUGAGAUAUCAUCCAGUUUUGUCAAAACAGCUUCUGCUUGAUAAUACAUGUGAGCAUGAUGGGAUUUAAUUUGGUGUCUAAAAACAAUAGCUGCUUUAAUUGUAAAAUGUGUUUGUAUAAUGAAAGGAAUUGUGCUUAUGUAAAUGUCAAAUAUUUUCUCUCUGAAUAAAAAUCACCAGAAA